AUGCCAACGCUAGCGGAUCUGUACAACUCCCGGCACGCCUCCGAAUCCGCUGCCCCUUCUUCUUCCAGACACGUCUCGUCCGCCUCAUCAAGCUCACUAGCUGAUCUCUACAACAAAGCACACAAUGCUGAGGCUCGCAAGGCAAAGGCGUCCAGCACCUCUCUGUCUGACCUGUACAACAAGCGCUACGAGUCCGAGCAGGGAGAAUCGUCCGUCGAUAGUGUGGUAGAAGCGCAUCCGCGGAGCCACCGCGUGGUCCAGCCAAAGUCGAGAGACCGUGAAAGUGAAAGGUCUGCUGUACGAGAGUCUUUCCCUCGUGCAGUCUCGAUCGAUGAAUCCAGCGAAGGUGGUACGCCAGAACCAGCCAGCCUCAUCACAAGCGAAAGCGACGAGCUGGAGGAGGAUGACGAUGUCGCAGACGAGAUUGCAUUCCACUCGACAUCAAUUGGCAGCAGUCGUGGUCCAAGUCGCACACGCAGCGUGUCGGUCGCUGGUAGACGCGAGACACCCGCGGAGGUGGUUUACGUGCCCAGGUCAAACGUCACGCGCCGUGGAGCUUUGGGAUCUUCCGCAUCAAGGGUGGCCAUGGACAGUGACGACGACAUGGACAUCGCCAAAGUGCAUGAGACGGACCUACUCAGUGCAUCGGGUGGGUCAAGUCAAAGUCUCGCUCGACCACACGCGUCGCCCUCCAGGCUGGUCGUGCGGUCGACGGAAAGCUCUUUGGGUCCGCGAUCCGGCUUGUCCACGCCACCCAUUGGGCCGAAAGACAGAAAGGGAAAGGGCGUUGCGCAUUUGCCAGGAAGUACACAAGAGGAGGACUUCCUUGACUUCUCAGGAUCACUCGGAUCUAUAGCCGAAUCCCACCACGGAAAGAACAAGCACGAUGCGUCGUCGUCCGGCCCGCCGAGGCUGUCCCAGAACGCCGUCGGCAUAUCCGACGACGUCGUUGUCAUCAGCGAUUCCUCUUUCGAGGAAUCGCCGACAGGACCACCCAUACAAGACCACGACGAUGCAGGUGAAUCCGGGUCUCCUACAAGCAGGCCCAAGCCGUCUCACUCUGAAGACAACGAAGCCAACGAAUACCUAAUCUCUAAGCGGAAGAGAAUUGCCGCGCAGCAGAACUCGGACGAUUACGAUCGUGAACCUUCACAUAUCAUGGAGCGCCCACUCUCGGCCUCUGUCCAUCGUAAUGCCCCAGGAGCAGUCCGACAGAAUCCGAUUGGCGUUUCCGACACUCCGAUCACCACCAACGCUCGCAUCGCAGAGAUGCUGGCGGCCGAAUCGAGCGCCAAUGCCACAGAGGACGAUAGCGACGCGCAUCGUGGCCGAUACCCAAGGCGUGCUCGCAACGUCACCGACUACAACGUCAUGCGUGCCUUCGAACGAUUAGAGCGCGAUCAAGACGAUGCAAUUGAAAUUGCAAGCGCAACCAUCGGUAAUGUUCAUCCCGUAGAGCGACCGAAGAAGACGCUACUUCCAGUAGUGCACGCAGCACCGCAAUUCUUGGAAGCCAUCAACUCUGCAAGAUCAAGUCAUGCUGGGACGAGGGCGCUGUCUUUUGCGGAUUUUCUGACAAGCCAGACGAAAGCAAGACCCGUUGAGGCUUCACCGUCUUCCCCUUCUUCAACCCGAGACGACUAUACAACUGGACCGCUGACGAUGGCGCAAGCUAGGGCCAUCCUCAAACCGACUAUCGGGCCGCGUCCGCUGUGGGACAUCACCGUCAAUACCGAAGACCGAGCCAGUCUGGGGCACUUGAAAGCCAGCACACGACGCUGGCUUGGAAUCAACGAUCCCGACCUUAUACAGUCUGACGCAAACAGUUCAGACGAAGCUGACCACGAAUCGACUCCAGUAACGGGCGUCCCACUUGGACUCAAGCUACGCUCUAUCUUCACCUUCAACCGUAAGAACUAUCGCCCAACAGCGUCACAUUUGCGCGAGAUGUUCUCGUCGCUCGACAAUAGCGGAUCCAUUGGUCGUCCGAAAGAUGCUGCGUCUCUCGAAACCGAAAAACGACGAUUACGCAACGGGCGCUCAUACAAGCAACCACUUCCGUCCACACUCCAAGUCUUCUCUGACAUGGAGCAUCAAGAAUGGGUGCGGUUGGAAGAGCAUCUUGCGGACGUUACCCGAAUGGACGAAGAGCAAAAGGCUCGUGAACAGGGACGGAUUCUCGUCGAAGUGGAAAGCGAAGAUUGGGUGCAGACCCAAUUUGACAGCGAGGGGAGAAAGAGAGUGUCCACGCUCAGGUGCUGCACAGGUGGACAGAUCAAGGUUUACUUUGACCACAAGCAGAGUGAGGCAGCGGAGACGCAGAGCGAUGACGAAGAGUCGCAAAGGUUUGAGAUAGUCAGGAUGAAAUCACCGACAAAGUCGCCCUUCAGGUCCAGGUUGGCGAGUGCGCCAGUCAGGGCGAGUGAUGAAGAAUCAGGGGACGGAGCCGACAUGGACGAGGAAGAGCAGGAUUUCGAACGCCCGGUUGUAUCCGAUGUCAUGACUCGUAGCGAUCCUUCAACAUCCGGAAGGCGCCCAAAUGCCCCAUUACAACAGGUGAACAGUACUACUAUCGGCACAGACUCGAGGGGAGAAACAAACGAGCACACCCGACCGACCAUCACAGCGACCGCAGUGCCUGCAAAACCUAGCGCUGCCAAAGGCAAACGCGAUCUUCUCUCGUACUUCGGCACCCAAUCAUCACCUUCGCAAGCACUGACGGAAUCUUCGACGACAGCCAAGCCUCCUUCCACCGCAACACCAGCUCCGAUGACCAAGUCAAGCACGUCAUUGAAACCAGCGACGGCACCGAAACGCGCCGCCGUAGCGAACCUUGUCGGCCCGGAUAAGCCCACGAAGGAUAAGAAUCGUGAGCUCGAUCACGAUUUCAAAGUCUACCCUGCUUCGUCUCGGAACCCGGAUCUGGAUUCGGUCAUCGUGAUCGAUCUGACGAGGUCGUCUUCAGGUGCAUCAGAGGCCAUUGGAAAAGGCAAAAGACCCAGGUCGACGAGUCCAGAUGUCUUGUCCGCAAACGAAAGGCCGACAGUGCAGGGUGUGCUGAAGAAGCCAAAGGCCGUGGUCGGAUUGAUUAGCAGUGCCGGGGCCGAAACUGUCAGUGGAGGAAGCAAAGGCAAAAGUAGGAGCGGCGAGGCAGUUCCGUCCGUUCCGAAAGCUAAAAGGCGACCGCUACCGCCGCUUCCGCCGCAGCAGCAGCAAGGCCCGUCAAAAGGCAAAGCCCGUCAGCAAGAUAGCGGUUCUGAAGAUGAGGUGGAUUGGCGCUCGGCCCUCUCGCCCACGUUUCCAUUGAUGGAGCCGCCUUCGAGGCGCGGCAAGAUUGGCGAUCAUAUGAGCGCGCCCAAACGAAAACGUGCCGAGCAUACCACGUCGCAGCGCACCGGCACCUCGCAUGAAACCCUGAAGGCAUCUUCAUUCAAAGCUCUACCUCACUCAUCUACUUCCAAGCCACCACCGGCCCUAGCAUUCACCCCUCCUACCAAGCCCUCGAGUGCGGCGCGAAGCAACGCCAUCAGCAGCAGCAGUGGCAGCAACCUCGCCGCCACCACGCGUCCACCACAGGCCACGCCGUCUCCCACCCGCGGCGGCUGGAAAGGCAUAUCGGGGUGGUACACAAACACGCGCGACGCCUUCUCACCCACACCGGAUCAGGUCAACCUCGAAAGCAGCAGACUCAGCUCAUCUGGAAAGAGCCAGCGUGGUCUGGCCAACCGGAACAGACAGUCAAAGAUCAACCUGCUGAUGCUCGGGAACAAGAAGCAACGCAAGUGA